GUCAGUUCGCUUUUAGCAGCGAGCGUGUGCAAACGAAACUGAAACCGAAACCGAAACCCAUUCCAUUACUAAACCCUGGUCGAUUCGCGUCUGAUCUAAUCAAUUGAAAUUCCGCUGUCCAUUUCCCGAUCCAGUGGCCGAGCGAAAAAGUCACACCUGUACAUAUGCACGAGCCCAGGUGAAACCAGGUGACGACGCGAAGUGAAGUGAAGUGAAGAGUGCUGUCCACAGUGCGAUGGACGUCAAGGACAUAAAGGGCGCCAAGGUGACGCACGCGGGGCUGCUGAAGCACAACUCCGAUGGCACCACCGAAACGCAAAAGAUCACCCACGCCGGCCUGGUGGCCCGGAGUCCCGAGGGCACCGCCGCCAAGGGCAUGAACAUCCGGGGCAACGAGGAUCUCUGGGUCGAGAUCCAGGCGAAUACGUUCCGCAAUUGGGUCAACGAGCACCUGCGCGAGACAGGAAUGCAGGUCCAUGACUGGGCCACGGAUUUCUGCGACGGCACCUGCCUCUGCGCCCUCGUGGAGAGUCUGCAGACCCGACCGCUGAAGCCCUCGUGGAACCGCCGCCCCGCCAACCAGCACCACUACCUGGAGAACGCCACCACGGCGCUCAAGUCCAUCGAGGCGGACCACAUCAAGCUGGUGAACAUCGGCAAUGUGGACAUCGUCAAUGGCAACGUCAAGCUGAUCCUGGGCCUCAUCUGGUCCCUGAUCGUGCGCUACCAGAUCGGAAGGAGCAAGUUCCCGCCGCGCAAGCUGAUGCUCGCCUGGUUGCAGGCCGCUCUGCCGGACUGCAAGAUCACCAACCUGACCACCGACUGGAACAGCGGCGUCAACCUGGCGGCUCUCCUGGACUACUGCCAGCCGGGUCUAUUCCCUCACUGGCGCAGCCUGGAUCCCAGUCAGAGCGUGAGGAACUGCACCCAGGCCAUGGACAUGGCGCAGCGGGAGUUCGGCGUUCCCAAGGUUCUCGAGCCGGAGUACCUGGCCUCGCCCUGGCUGGAUGAGCUGUCCGGCAUGACGUACCUAUCGUACUUCAUGAAGCCCGGCGGACCCGGCUACAAUGCCACCAUGCGCUGGGUCAAUACCCAGGUCAAAGAUCCUGUCAAGAAUUUCACGACCGAUUGGAACGAUGGACGUGUCAUGUGCGAAAUUAUCAAGGGACUGGGUGGUUCGGCCCCCGCCCCGGAAAAACUCAGCACCGAUCCGUUCCAUUAUGAAAACAAUAUUCGGAAGGCGGUGGAUGCUGGUGCCCGUCUGGGCGUGCAGCCCAUCCUUACGGCCAAGGACAUGGCCAACCCGGAAGUGGAGCACCUGGGCAUCAUGGCGUACGCGGCCCACCUGCAGUGGGUGCCGCCAAGGCCACCGCUCUCCGACCUCAUCAACGUCUACCUGGAGAGCACAUCCGGCCGGGUGGGCGAACCGACGCACUUCCGCAUCGACGUGUUGUCCCGGGACAUAAGCCUCAGCUCCGUGCGCUGCCACGUGAUGCCGCCAUCCGGACAACCCGGCCAGCCUGUCCGGCUCAAUACCCACGGCGAGGGCGUCUACGUGCCGGAGCGAUACGGGAUGCACGAGAUUGUGGUGGAGAUAGGCGAGGAUAGCCUGGGAGGACACUUCUUCCGGGUCCUGCCCCGUUUGCUGCAAGUGGCGCCACCCGGAAUGGCCCCCUGCGCCCUGGGCAGUCUCGUCGAGGUGCUGGUGAAUGCCACCGGGGCGCCCAAGACGGAGGACAUCCUGGUGACGGCCGUCUCGCCAACUGGCAUCUCGCACAACUGUCCGCUGAAGAAGAUCGACGAGGGUCACAGUGCCAUAUUCAAGCCGGACGAGGCGGGCAUUUGGGAGAUAGCCAUCACCUACCAGGGCCGCCACAUCCAGGGCGGGCCCUUCACCUGUGCCGUGUUUGACUCUUCGGGCGUAUCCGUCCACGGACUGGACGGAGCCAUGCCCCUCCGGGCCCACACCUUCGAGGUGGACGCCCGGGGAGUGGGUGUGUCCGGGGAACUCCACGUGGACAUCGUCCACGACAAGCACUCGCUAGUCUGUUCCGUGGAGAAGAUCGUGGAGAACAAGUACCGCGUGACCUUCAUGCCCAGGCAGAACGGAAAGUACCGAGUCUACAUCUACUUCAAUGGCUACGAUGUCAAGGGAUCCCCGUUCAUCAUGCGCGUGGGCACCAAGGGAAGAUCAGGAAAGACGCGAAGCAGCCCACUCCAUGACAGUAAGCACCGCUCGGAGAGCCCUUCGAUGCACUUCAUCUCGACGACCAACACCAGGCACAACGACUACCGCAACUCCUCGCUGUCGAGGCACAAUACGGCUGAGAGGACUAACAGCUACUCGCCACAGUACUCCCCCAAGCUGGACACUACCGACUACCACAGUUCCAGCUCCAGGUACUAUAAGCGGGAGAGCGAGGAGAACCACACCUCGCCGCCCCCAGUUAGCGGCUCGCCGACAGUGAAGUACCUGAACUCCGCUGACCUAUACACGGAGACCCUGAACGGGGCCCGGCGCGACUCGAAGGCCUCUAACAGCAGCUCCACCAAGAACGACUACUACUUCGACAAGGAGAACGAGCUGUACAGCCAGAGGCGCGGGGUGACGAAGCCCAAGCUGGCGCCGCCGCGCGAGGAGCGCGAGGUGACCAGCACCAGCAGCAGCAGCAGUUUCCAGCAGCGCCACCAGCAGCUGGCCACCAGCACCCUGACCAGAUCGCUUAGCCCAAUACCUAGUCCCACACUCAAUACCCGCUCCAGCGAGGUGCACACCCACAGCCCGCUGACCAUCAAGACCUCCAACCAGUACGAGAGCUCCACUCGCAACGUUAGCAACAGUCCGCGGCAUGCAUCCGUCUCGCCGGUGCAGCGCUACUCUCCGAACAGUGCGUACAUCACCACGGCCACCCACAGGAUGGGCAGUCCGGUGACCAAUACCCUCAACAAGAAUGGCUACGAGACUACGCGCACCGUGGAGAAGUCCUCCACCUACAAGUCCACUUCGAACUACGUCACCGACUCCAAUGUCCGUGCCAGCCCCUCGCUGUAUGGCACCACUGAAAGGCUGCGGCGAACCGGGUCGCCGGAACCGCGCAUCGACCACUCCUCCAACGUGAGGGUGUCCUCGAUGAAGCCGGCAUCCGCCCGGCGGGACAGCUGGGACGUGAUUAACAAGACAAAGCACAUGCUCUCGCACAAUUCGCUCGAAUCGCUGGCGAACAUGACAGAGACGCAGCUGAACACGGAACUGCAGUACAAUCGUCCGGAUCUGGACCACGAGACGCACCGGAAUACGCAGUACAAUAAGUUUGCGUUGCACAAACAGCAGCAGCAACAGUCGGACUAUCGCCGGGAUUCCCCGGAUGAUGGAGAGCGCUACAAACCAAGUGCCAUUACAGUCAAGUCACACUCGAACAAUACCUACACAGACAAGUCAGGUGGAUAUACCAAGACCGUAAAGGAGUCCAGCGAGCACGUGGUCACCGAGAGCAACGGCCACGGCCCGUCGCCGGGCUACGGCUACAGCUCCCUCUCUAGAUUUCGGCCCAUAGACAACAAUGCCACUGGUGCUAGGGCCAUCCGGGUGCAGGAUAUUCCGAACGGCUCCAUCGGACGGCCUGUGGAGUUCGAGAUCGAUGGCUCCAAGGCGGGCUCCGGUAACCUGGAGAUCCUCGUCAACGGCGGUCGAGUCACUUCCUCCGUUCGGUCGUUGGGUGGCCAGAGAUUCGUGGCCAGCUUCACGCCGCACGAGCAUGGAACGCACACAGUGCAGAUCACCUUUAAUGGCGAAACAGUUCCAGGUUCACCGUGGCACGCUGAGAUCAUGUCCUCACCCGGCCUGACCGCUCUGGGCGAAUCGACGCGCCUGGUACCCGCCAAUACGCCGGCGGUUUUUGAGAUACUGCCGCCUCCUGGACAAAGCCUGAGCAAGGGCGAGUGCGUGGCCACGGUUUUGACUCCCAGUAAGUCAAAGCUCAACGCCAGAGUCACCCACGAGGCGGCAAAUGGUGCUGCACGCAUCGAGUUCGUGCCCACAGAGGUGGGCACCCACGUCAUCGAUGCGUCCAUCAACGGCACGAAGAUCGCUGGCGGCCCGCUGAUCGCCAAGGUCUACGACUCCAGCCUGAUCCAGGUGACGGAGGUGAAUGGCGGCGUGGUCGGCCAGCCGUGCCAGUUCCGCGUGGACGCCAGCGCGGCGGGCGAGGGCCAGCUGGAGAUAUCCAUAAAUGAGGGCGAGGUGCCCAAUCACGUCCAGGUGGUGGGUGGCGGCCGGUGCCUAGUCUCCUUCACCCCGGAGCAGGCCAAGUCGCAUCUAAUCGACAUCAAGUUCAAUGGCGAGACGGUACGCGGCUGCCCCUUUGUCUGCGCCGUAGCGGACACGUCCCGUGUGCUCUUGAAUCUCUCCAAUCUGGAGCUGAUUCCGGUCAACCGACCCUCCUCCUUCCACAUAACCGUCAGUGGAGGAGGGGCAGCCGAGCUGGCGGUGAGUGUUCGGGGUCCCCAAGGGGAGUUGCCCGUUCGCGUGACUGGAGACAUCCACGCCGGCUUCACCGCCGAGUUCACGCCCACCACCGUCGGCGGCCACUCGAUCAAUGUGGAGUACAACGGCUUCGCCGUGCAGGGCACCCCCUUCCUGGCCAAGUCUUACGACGCCACCAAGGUCGUGGUGGGCAGUGUAUCCCGCGGCACAAUGGGUCGUCCGGUGCAGUUCACGGUGGACGCAGGCGAUGCCGGUGAGGGCAACCUGGAGAUUACAAUUUCGGCCAAGGGACAGAACAUCCCCACCCAGGUGCAUCCGCAGGGCAGUGCAAGAUUCUCCGUUUCGUUUGUGCCCACCGAAUCGUGCGAGCACACGAUCAACGUGUCCUUCAAUAAAAUGCCCGUUCCCGGCUGUCCGAUCACGGUCAGCAUCAGCGGGGGCGUGGCCGGACCCCAGGUGUCGCUCGGCGGCCCGGGUCCCGUUCAUCAGACCAAUUCUUUUGUUAUAAAUCACAACGGCGGCCGUCUGGAGGACAUCGAGGUGAACGUAGAAGGACCUGCUGGCCAGUCGGUGCCUGCCCAAGUGCAUCAGUCGGCUGAUGGAGUCUUCAAGGCCGAGUUUGUACCCCGAGUGGUGGGCGAGCAUCGCGUCAAUGUCACGGUCAAUGGAUUGGCCACCGCUGGAAGUCCCUAUGCAGCCAAGGUCUAUGAUGUCAGCGCCAUCAAGGUGAAGAAUGUCAGCAGUGGAACCGUGGGCAAGCCCGUUACCUUCUUGGUCGAGACCUCCCAGGCUGGACCCGGCAACUUGGAGGUCACUGUCAACGGUGGCAGGGUGCCCACCUCAGCCCAGGCCCAGGGACAGCACACCUAUGCCAUCAGCUUCACCCCUCGGGAAGCCGAGAGUCACACGGUGGAGCUUCGAUUCAAUAGCCAGGAUGUGCCCGGAUCCCCCUUCACGUGCCGAGUGGCAGCCGCAGCCCGCAUCCAGUCCCCAGAAAGCAUGGACAAAGUGAGCGUGGGUCGGCUAUUUGAGUUCGUGGUGGAGUCGGACACAAAGCCCACUGUGGAGGUGCUGGGACCAGCACGUCGUAGUGUGCCCGUCAAGAUCGAUCCCUUGGGAAGCUCUACCCUCGGAUACAAUGUCAAGUUCGAGCCAAUGGAGGUGGGUGACCAUUCCGUGGAGGUGCGCCUGCCAGGUGGUGGCCACGUCGAGGGGAGUCCCUUCCUGCUGAAGGCCUACUCGGCCGAGAAGGUCAUCGUGACCGACAUACGAUCCGGUGUGGUGAACAAGAGCGUCAGCUUUGGCAUAAACGCCUCCCAGGCGGGAGCCGGAAAUCUGGAGAUCAUCGUGGCAGUGAAUGGCAAGAAUGUGCCCAAUUUUGUCCAGUCUGAGGGCAAUGCCCGUUUCAAGGUGAACUUCAAGCCCACGGAGGCGGCCACCCACUCGCUGUCCGUGAGAUUCAACGGACACCCGGUUCCUGGAUCACCUUUCAGCUGCCACAUCGCCGCUGCAGCAGCUUCGCCGUCGAUGGGACUGCCCCGAGCCAUGGCCAUGGGCGAGUGCCUCAAGCAGGCCGCCGUGAAGAUGGACAACACUUUCGAACUAGAGGGCUUUGAGGGCGUGGAGCCGCAAAUCUUCGUUACAUCGCCCUCGGGCGACAACGAGCACUGCCAGCUCAGCCAGCACGACGGAGGCAGCUACUCCGCCUCAUUCAGGCCCACCACCGUGGGUCGCCACUUGAUCAGUGUGACUGCCAAUGACCAGCACAUCAACGGCUCUCCCUUCAGCUGCAACGUCUUUGACGUUUCCCGGGUGAGCAUCAGCGGCCUGGAACAGCAGUACGGACCCGCCACAUUAGGAGUUCCGGUGACCUUCAGUGUGGAUGCCGCCGGAGCCGGCGAAGGCACUCUGGAACUGGUUGUUUCCACCGACAGCAGCACUGUCAAGGCCGAGGUGGUGGCCUGUGCCCGUGGACUUUACGACGUGACUUUCGUGCCACAGAGCACGGAACCGCACUAUGUGAAUAUAACUUUCAACGAGGUGGCCGUCGAUGGAAGCCCCUUCCGUGUGGACAUUCAGCAGCACACCCAGCACAUUCAGAUCGGCAGCCUGGCGGCCAUUGAUUUCCCGGCAGACGACCAGAUUGUGGAGAUCUUCUCGCCGGACCAGAAGUCGGUGCCCUACUCCAUAAAUCGCCAGACGGCCGAGUUCCGCACCCAUUCGACCGGAAACUACACGCUGCGCUUUAUCGAUCGCGAGACCCGGCAGCACAUCGGCUCCCGAACCCUGUGCGUCUUCGAUCCCACGCUCGUCAAGAUUACCGAGGUGAGCGAGGCCUUCUGCCAUCGUCCGGCCAGUAUUGGAGUCUCUCUGAACGAGGCUGGCCAGGGAGAUCUGUCUGCCCUUGUCCGGUGUGGAGCAACGGAAGUGCCGCAUACCAUCCGUGGCCCCAGCAAGUCCGGGGUGUACGAGAUCGUCUACCAGCCCACCCGAGUGGCUCCGCACAAGAUCAGCAUCCUUUUCAACGACGUGCCCAUCUCGCUGAAGCCCCUGGAGAUCAAUGUGCUGCCCGCCAGUGCCGGCAAGGAGAUCAGUGUCAGUGGCCUGGGACUGUACCAGGCUCGAGUGGGCAAGACCACGUCCUUUGCAAUUGAUACUGUGAAGAGACCGGCGCGGGAGUUCGAUGUGGUGGUUUCGGGACCCGGAGGACAGGCUCUGCCAGUCAGAUGCUAUCAGACCAAGAACGGUCACCUGCAGGCCGAGUUCACAAUCAACAAGCCAGGACAGUGUGUGAUUGAGGUGCUCCACCAAUCGAAACCACUGCCUGGCAGUCCCUUCACCUGCGAAUCCUUUGAUAGCAGCAAGGUGACCACCCAAGGCAUCACCAAGGAGCCCCUUGCCCUGCACAGUCCCAACAGCUUCACCGUGCGCACGGACAACGCCGGAACAGCCGAACUGGAGGCCUUCGCCAUAUCGCCCAGCAACCAGAGCUUGCCCGUUUUGAUCAGCGAACAGUCCGAUGGAGUCUACAACGUGGAGUUCGUGCCCUCGCAGCCUGGCAACUACAAGCUGACCCUGAUGUACGGAGGAGAGACUAUUCCCAGCUCCCCGCUCAACUUCACGGCCUCGUCCAGCGGGGUCAGAAACGAUGCUAGGGCCGCAGGACACGGCCUGGAGGUGUGCCACAGGAAUAAGGAGGCCUCCUUUGUGGUCUACUGCCCGAUCGCCCCGAACGUUCAGAUCGAGCGACUGGACGAGUACGGCGAGAGGAUAGAGCCGAAGAUCAAAGCUUUGGGCAACAAUGAGUGGCGCAUCUCGUACACCAUCCUCUCCGUCGGCAAAUACGAAAUCCGGGCUAGCUGUCCGAAUCGCGGAAGCUUGCCGGGAUCGCCUUGGCACAUCAGCUGCGUCGAGUCUAACAAGGUAUCGCCCGUGGGCGGCUGGGGAACUCUGGUUGAUCACGAUGGCAGACUUAUCCUGCCCGCUCGCAUCAUCUUCGAUGUGGAGAACGCGGGUCCGGGAAAACUGGUGUGCAGCAUCGAUGGCAUCGAAAUUCCGGUGGACAAGUUUGCCGACGACAAGAUGUGCCUGAACAUUACCGGCGAGAAUCUGGCUGCCGGAGAGCACGAUCUGGACUUGACCUGGAGCGGCCUCACCAUCACCCAGUGCCCGAGAAGCGCUUAUGUGACGGGGCAGCAGGCAGCGGACAAGGUUCAGCUGAUGGGUCGUGGCUUGGCGGCAGCCCAGGCCGGAGAGGCGGCCCACUUCACUAUCGACGCUUCGAAUGCACCGGCAGGCAAGCCGGAGGUGAUCCUCAUCGCCCAGGACAACUCGUCGCUACCUGUCAGCUUGGCACAGCCCCGUCCCAGCGAAAAUAUCUGGGUGGCGUCCUACACCCCGCAGAAGUCCACCACUGGUACUCUGAAUCUCUCCGUCAAGUGGAACGGUCGUCUCGUCAAAGGUUGUCCCCUCACCGUGGCGGUGGGCUCUUCGAUGGACGCCUCCAAGGUGAUCGCCUCUGGCGAGGGCCUGCGUCACGGUAUUGUCGGCAAGGAUAUCAAGUCCUGGAUAGAUACCAGGAGAGCUGGCCCCGGCGAACUAACCGCCCACUGUGCCGGGGUGCGUAAGGUGGCCUACUGCGAGCUCUACGAUCACGGCGAUGCCACUUUCACCCUGAACAUAAAGCCCCAGGAGCCGGGUCGUCAUCUGUUGACCAUUAAAUACGGAGGACAAAAUGUGCCAGGAUCGCCGUUUGCCCUGAAAGUGGCCGGAGCUCCAGACGCCAGCAAGGUUCGUGUCUAUGGUCCUGGCAUAGAGCACGGUGUGCUGGCCACCUUCCAGUCGCGCUUCAUCUGCGACACCCGUGGAGCUGGAGCCGGACAGCUGACAGUCCGUGUCCGUGGACCCAAGGGAGCCUUCCGCGUGGAAAUGCAGCGGGAGAGCCAAAAGGAUCGCACCAUUCUGUGCAAGUACGAUCCCACGGAACCCGGCGACUAUAGAGUGGAGGUCAAGUGGGCCGGAGAGUUCGUGCCCGGCUCACCCUUCCCCGUCAUGAUCUUCGACACCGAGGAGGAGUUACGAAGGUACUUGCAGGGCAUAUGAGGCCAGCUCAACCACCACGUCAUCGUCUUCCCCAGUGGCCUCGGCACCCUGCCUCUCGGCCACGGCCAAGGAGUUCCGCGGCGCAAGGCCCCCUCCUGCACGCCCCUGUAGAAGAGUGCCAGCAGCCGAAGGACACCCUUGUAGAAUACAUGAAUAAGCAAUCAUCGCGCCUAAGAAAGAUAAUCGUGUUAUACUAACUUGAGAGCAAAUCGAAGCGACUAACGAAAUGUAGUACGUAGACUAAUCCCAAUUAUUAAUAGACUUAAUAUGUUGAGCAAUGUAAAAACUUGCAAUGAAUUGGUUUAGUUAUUUAGCAUUGUAUGCAAUACAAAAUAAACAUUUAAUUACAAAUAUUAAUAAAAAUUUAA